GCUAGUCGGAAAUGAACAGAAGUAGACACAUAUUUAGUGCAAAUACACACUGCGGGAGAGGACAGAUUACUGUGGAGAAGGAAUCAAACGCACAGCUGAUCGUCUUGGAGAAGAAUAGCUGUCGCUCGUAGCCGUUGGCCAGAUCACACGUACAUAGGAAAACAAGCAUCGGCAGAUACUAUAUCCUGCUGCUUGCCCGGGCCUAUAUAUUUCUCGACGCCCAUGGCACAGGCCAUCUCCUUUGUUUGUCGCUACAUCCAGUGGGAGUACUUGCUAGCUAAUGGAUAGCCGUCAACACUCCAUCCAGCUCGGUGCUCGUCCUGGCCCGGACGCCGGAAAGAAGCGGCCGAUCGACGAUGAUGGCAGGAUGAGCUCCGAGCUCUACCGAGCCGUGUGUGACGGGAAUAAGGAAGAAGCCAUGGCACUGCUUCUCGGGGGCGCCGCUACUGGACAAGUCGAUGGCAUAGACCAUGUCGUCAGCACCGAGAGGAACACUGUUCUUCACUUAGCCGCGAAGCUAGGUCACGACGAGCUGAUCCAGGAGCUCUGUGCCAGUUCUGGGGGCAACAUCUUGCUCUCUUCCCAGAACUCCGUUCUGGACACACCGUUGCACUGCGCGGCAAGGGCGGGGCACGACAGGUCCGUGUCUCUCCUCAUCCAGCUCGCAUGGGACUGCGAAGACCAGAGGAUCCAGAACAUCCUGGUAUGCAAGAACGAAGCCGGGGACACGGCCCUGCAUCUGGCAGCAAGGUUCGGCCAUCAUGACGUGGUGAAGGUCAUUGUCUCCAAGGCGCCAGGGCUAGCCUCUGAGGUCAACAACGCCGGCGUAUCACCGUUGUACCUGGCGGUGAUGAGCGGGUCGGUGCCCGCCGUCAGAGCGAUCACGACCGCGUGCAGCGAUGCCUCGGCUGCCGGCCCAAGCUCCCAAAAUGCUCUACAUGCUGCAGUCUUCCAGGGCUCAGAGAUGGUUAGUGCGAUACUGCAUUGGAUGCCAGGGCCAUCCCUAGCUAGCGAAGCAGACGAAAACGGCAGCAACCCGCUCCAUUUUGCUUCGUCCGACGGCGACCUCUGCAUCGUACACGCGAUCCUGAGCGUCACGCCGCCAUGCAUGGUGCGCAUCCAGGACUCAGAGGGCCUAUCCGCCCUCCAUGUCGCGGCAGAUAUGGGCCAUGUCAAUGUGGCCAAUACGCUGCUAUCUGUCUGCCCUGAUGCCGCCGACCUUCGGGACGACCGUGGCAGGACCUUUGUGCACACCGCAGCCAGCAGACGCCACUCCAAUGUGGUGUCACUGGCCAUCGGUAAGAUGCUCCACGGUCUCCUGAACGCACAGGACGGUGAAGGCAACACACCGUUGCACCUUGCGGUGGCCGCAUGCGCGCCCAAUGUCGUGGAGACCUUGAUGUGGCGUGGCCAAGUGCGAGCCGAUGUCAUGAACAAUGACGGGCACAUGCCUUUUGAUAUCGUCGCAAGAUCGUCGAGUUUCUUCUCCAUGUUAGGUAUGGUGGUCACACUGGCUGCAUUCGGGGCGCAGUCCCACCCUCAAAGACAGGAUCGGGUGGAGAAAUGGAGCGGCCAUGACAUAACAAAAAGGGUAGAGAAGACGAUGGACAGCCUUGCAGUUGUUGCUGUCCUCAUUGCCACUGUUGCUUUCACCGCUGCCAACAGCGUCCCUGGGUCAUACGAACAAUCCGAUGGCACGGCCCCUGACCGCUAUGGGAAGAUUGUCGCCAAAGGGAUGGUGGUCCUCCAGGGGAAGAAUAUCUUCAAAUGCUUCCUGGUCCUCGAUAGCCUCGCCCUUGUGACCUCUGUGGUCGCGGUGGUUCUGCUCGUCUAUGGCAAGGCGUCGCGCUUUGCCGGGUCGUGGAAGAGCUUCGUGGCGGCGCUGCACUGCAUAUGGGCAUCACUACUCAGCAUGAUUUUGGCCUUCUACGCGGCUCUGUCCGCCGUGACAAGCACAAGGGCAGUCUACGGCAUUGUCUUGAACAUUCUAUACUUCGGUUUCUACAUACUGUGCAUUGUGGUCACUUACUACAUUGCUCCGCCUGUGUCAAAGCGCACAAUUUGGAAGGUUCUAUGGCGCACUGGCUUAAGAAGGGAUAGUGUCCUCACGAGACAUAUCAAGCGGCAAUAUCCAGUCGCUAACUUUUACGUACCUAACCUGCUUCUCUUUGUGGCGACAAAUCUGUUAGGGCUUGUCGGUUACUUCGUAGUAGCGUUCUUUACUCAACAAGCACUACGAGAGGCGACACCUCAUCGUGGACUUGCACCAGAACCUUCUUCUGUACUCUCCUAAUUAAGGGCAUCAGCAUCUCUUAGUAACCAAAUUAGUAGGUGCUAAGGCACCUUCCUUUCUCUCCACAAUGUUAUCAUUAGCUACUAUUAAUACUUGGCACUAUGUACAACGAUAAGGGGAAAUUAAAUACUCCAAUUUCUGAGUAAUCAA